AUGUCAGCCCUGAGCUGGGGACAAACAGACCUGCCCAAGGCCCUGCCCUGGUUUGAGGACAGCCGGCUGGAUGCGUGCGUCUACGAACUGCACGUCUGGCUCCUGGCAGCCGACCGCCGAUCCGUCAUCGCUCAGCACCACGUGGCCCCCCGAACUUCUGGGAGAGGACCCCCUGGCCGCUGGGUCCAGGUGUCCCACGUAUUCCGCCAUUAUGGUCCUGGUGUGCGCUUCAUCCACUUCCUGCACAAGGUCAAGAACCGCAUGGAGCCUGGUGGGCUGCGGCGGACACGUGUGACUGACUCCUCCGUGUCUGUGCAGCUCCGGGAGUGACUGGCUGGCUCCUCUGUCCUGACCCCACAGCAUCUCCCUGAGCUUUAGAAGCCCCUAACUCUUAGCCACCUCUUAGGCCCCUUAUUCCUCCCCGGCCCUUGGCUUCUCUCUUGAUGGACAGCUUCCACACCGUUAAGCGGUGGACUCCAGCAUUUUCCCGGCACUCUCUGAGCCCCGUGAGGGCGGAGCCACUCCUUGUAAAUUCAGUGCCUGACAGAUGCUCUGGCACAGAUGCUCCGUAGAUCUCUGUUGAGUGAAUGCAUAGACACCUGUGCUCAAGGAUGCUGAGGGCUGGUCUCUGCUUCUUUGAACUUCACUGAAACUGAAUGCUCACUGCUGUGUUGCCAGCACCACCCAGCCCAGGGCUGUGAGCAGAGUGGCAGUGAAUGUCUGUUGAAGGGGGAAUGGAGCCAUUCAUUUCACUCAGUUCCUGUCCCAUUUAACCGCCCCUGAUCCUUGAUCUUCCAUUACCUUCACACCCUGGGGUCCUUCUGAACUGACCUUGACCUCUGAUCUCUUCACAUAUCUCCCCUUAGCAUCUCUACUUACCUACUCUCUCUUUUUUUUUUUUGAGAUGGAGUCUCACUCUGUCGCCCAGGCUGAAGUGCAGUGACACAAUCUUGGCUCACUGCAAUUUCCACCUCCCGGGUUCAAGUGAUUCUCCUGCCUCAGCCUCUCAAGUAGGGAUUACAGGUGCCCACCACCACGCCCACUAAUUUUUGUAUUUUUAGUAGAGACGGGGUUUCACCAUGUUGGCUAGGCUGGUCUCAAACUCCUGACCUCAAGUGAUCCACCCACCUUGGCCUUCCAAAGUGCUGGGAUUGCAGACGUGAGUCACUGCGCCUGGUCAUUCCAUAUCUCUUAAGUCUCAGAAUUUCCUCUAGCUCCCUCCAGGUGUCUGCAGUUGUCGUCCCCUCAAAGCUGUCCCACACUGUCCUCCGAAGACCCUUUGUGUAUCUUCUCCAGCUACCGCAGAUCCCCCAAACCCAGGCAUCCAUCAAAGUCCCUCAUUCAUGAGGGUGUGGGGACACAGACUGUGACCAGAACAGAAAUAUGAAAAUGUGAAUGACAGUGUCCCCCGUGUGUGGAAUGUGGGGAUUAAAAGCAUUUAUCAACCACUAA